AACAUAGAUCAACAUAAUAGAGAAUUGUUACGCUUAGAGCUUGCGCAUAGUCAGGGAAGCUAGGGUUAGGGCGUUAUCGUUUGCCGGCUAUCAUGUCGGUGACGGCGGGUGUCAGCGACGCGGUGAUCGCGAUCCGCGACAAGCUCCGUGGGAAGAUUGGGCAGACGAAGGUGAAGAGGUACUGGCCUGGCAAAGCGCCAGAAUGGGCUGAGGAGGCAGAGGAGGAUGCUGAAUUCAGGACGGCAAGGGCUGCGGCACUCGAGAAAGCUUUUCCCAUCCAUGAAGAUUCUUCUGCCAACAUUUCGCGGAAGGACGAUCGUAGGUUACGACGCCUGGCCGAGCUAAGGGCUGAGAAUAAGGAAGAGGUGAGGGCCGACCACCGUCGGAUCCGGCAAGCUGAGAUCAUUUCUACUAUUGAAGAGGAGAGCAGCAGGCAGGAUGGGUUGGAUUUGGAAGAGGAGGAUGAGGAUGCCUUGGAGGAGAGGAGGAGGAGGAUACGGGAGAAGCUGCUUCAGAGGGAGCAGGAAGAAGCUGCUACAGCACUUCCUACUGUGGAGGAGGAAGAGGAGAUUGAGGAGGAGGAAGAGGAGGAGUCUGAAUACGAGACUGACUCUGAAGAAGAGCAAAUGGGCAUUGCCAUGGUGAAGCCUGUCUUCAUCCCCAAGUCUCAGAGGGACACUAUUGCCGAGCGUGAGAGGCUUGAAGAGGAGGAGAGACGUCUUGAGGAGCUUGCAAAGAGAAGAAUUGAGGAGAGAAAGGUUGAGACAAAACAAAUUGUUGUUGAGGAGAUACGGAAAGAUGAACAGAUUCAGAAAAAUUUGGAAGCUGAUGCGGAUAUUGCAGAUGUUGAUACCGAUGAUGAAUUGAACGAGGCUGAUGAGUAUGAAUCUUGGAAGGUUAGGGAAAUUGCAAGAAUUAAGAGGGAAAGGGACGACAGAGAGGCAAGAUUGAGGGAGAAGGAGGAAAUUGAGAAGUUGAGGAAUAUGACGGAGGAGGAGCGCAGGGAAUUGGAGAGGAAGAACCCUAAGCCUCUUCCUCAAACAAAGCAGAAGUGGAAGUUCAUGCAGAAGUACUUCCACAAGGGUGCCUUCUUUCAGUCAGAUGCUGAUGAUCAUGCAACUACUGCUGGUACAGAUUCAAUCUACAGACGUGACUUCUCAUCUCCUACAGGUGAAGAUAAGAUGGACAAGACUAUUUUGCCUAAGGUUAUGCAAGUCAAGCACUUUGGUCGCAGUGGAAGGACCAAAUGGACUCAUCUUGUCCAGGAAGAUACUACUGAUUGGAAUACCCCGUGGACUGCUAAUGGCCCUCUUCGAGCGAAGUACAAUGCAAAAAUGGCAGGCAUGAAUGCCCCAAUAGAAAAACCCAAAGGGAGCAGGAAGUUGAAAGAUUGGGAAAGUUCAUAGGUCCUUUUCUUUGAAGUUCCUUUUUCAUUUUAAGAACACGUUGAAGAGAACAUUUUCACAUAGCACAAGUAAGAGCUAUCUUUGAGGUUAAAUUGUGGUAAUGAGUUCUAUGUUCUGCAGCAUUUACUCUACCAUUUAAUUUUAUGAUCUUUCAUGAUAGUAACUCUCCUUGGUUGGAGUAUUUAAAAGUGUAUUUGUAUCUAGUUACUAAGUUCCAUAAUUGGAUAUCAGUUUAGUAGAUUCCAAUGGGACCUCAAAUUUAGCCAUGUAUGAGGAGGAUUUAUUUGGUCGUUAAUCUAGGUCUGUUAUAAGUUCUUAAAAAAAAACCUUGAUUGAUCAGAUAUGAUCUCCAUUGUUACAUUAAUAAAAUUUAUAAUGCAGCUUUUUAUGCUUA